AUGGAGGAGCUGUACAAUGUUUGCAGCCCAGAACACUACUGGGCUUUUGUGCUGAGCUUCCACAGCCCCUCCCUAAUUUCUUUCUUUCUUUCUUUUUUUUCUUUUCUUUCUUUUUUUUUUUUUUUUUCUUAUUUGGAACAUUUAUUUCAGGAAAUACAUUUCCAACACUUUGUUGUUUAUACAAAAAGAGACGGAUUCUCAGGAGGAUCCCAGCAAAAGGCCACUGCAGAAUGCAUCCCAAUAAAAGGGAGACUUUUGAGACUCUGGGCUGGAGGAGGAAAGCGGAGCCAUCUGAGUGGGGUUACAGGGCUUCUGGUGUUGAAGGACCUAGGCAUUCAGGUGGACCGCUACAUCGCCUCAGAGGUGUGCAAGGACUCCAUCAUGGUAGGCGUGGUGUGGCAUCAGGAGAAGAUCAUGUACGUUGGGGACUUCCACAGAGUCACACAGAAGCAUAUCCAGGAGAGGGGCCCAAUGGACCUGGUGACUGGGGGCAGUCCGUGCAAUGACUUCUCCAUUGUCAACCCUGCCUACAAGGGACUCUACGAGGGCACUAGCCAGAUCUUCUUUGAGUUCUACUGCUUCCUGCAUGACGCGCAGCCCAAAGGAGAUGAGUGCCCCUUCUUCUGGCUCUUUGAGAAUGUGGUGGCCAUGGGUGUUAGUGACAAGAGGGACAUCUCACGAUUUCUCAAAUCUAACACUGUGAUGAUUGAUGCCAAAGAAGUGUCAGCUGCACACAGGGCCCACUACUUCUGGGGGAACCUUCCCGGUAUGAACAGGCCGUUGGUAUCCACUGUGAAUGAUAAGCUGGAGCUGCAGGAGUGUCUGGAGCAUGGCAGAAUAGCCAAGUUCAGCAAAGUGAGGACCAUUACCACGAGGUCGAACUCCCUAAAGCAGGGCAAAGGCCAGCAUUUCCCUGUCUUCAUGAAUGAUAAAGAGGACAUCUUAUGGUGCAGUGAAAUGGAAAGGGUGUUUGGUUUCCCUGUCCACUAUACGGGCAUCUUUAACAUGAGCUGCUUGGCAAGGCAUUGACUGCUGGGCUGGUCGUGGAGUGUGCUGGUCAUCCAGAACCUCUUCACUCUGCUGAAGGAAUAUUUUGCUUGUAUGUAAGGGACAUGAGGGCAAACUGAGGUAGUGACACAAAGUUAAACAAACAAAAAAACACAACAAAAAAACCCUCAACAAAACACAAAGAACAUGAGGAUGAAGAGAAAUAUCAGCACCCAGAAGAGAAAAGGUACAGUAAUUUAAAACAAAAAUCAGAGGUGGAAACACCGGAGGGCUUGGCCUGGUGAAUAGGAUUGGCCAUCAUCUCCUGAUUUUUUAAUGUUAAUCUUUAGUUCUAUUUAAAAACAAUAUCAAGUUUCUCCCUCUCCCUACCCCCGCCCCCUUUUUGUUUUCAACUCUUUUCAGAGAGGUUUUCUGUUUGGUUUUUGUUUCUUGCUGUGACUGAAACAAGAGGGUUUAUUGCAGCAAAAAUUAAUAAC